AUAAAAGAUAAUUAUUAAAUAGAUUCGGUAAUGUCGAGCGGUGAAGCAUACAUACUAGUUUCUGCUAUAAAAGGAAGUUAAGCUCAAAAGCAAAAAGCGUAAUACCAGAAUCGUCGCCGUGAUUCACCGCCGGGAAUGGUGUUACUCUCUCUUAUUUUGCUCCCUAUCCUCCUCCUCCUCCUCUACUUUAUCGUCCGUCCCCGCCCAGUCACUAUCCCAAUAAAGAACCGCCACGUCUUCAUAACAGGUGGGUCAAGCGGGAUCGGGCUAGCCUUAGCCCAACAAGCCGCUUCCCAGGGAGCUCGAGUCUCACUCUUAGCUCGAUCUCUUAACAAACUCCAAGAAGCCAAAGAAUCGAUUCGCCGUUCCUCCGGCCUCGACGUUGCGAUAUUUUCUGCUGAUGUUCGUGACCACGACGCUGUCCAGAAGGCGGUUAACGAUGCCGGACCGAUCGAUGUCCUGGUAGUUAACCAGGGGGUUUUUGUGCCCCAGGAGCUUGAGAAGCAGGGAUUGGAUGAGAUCAAGUUUAUGAUAGAUGUGAAUCUCAUGGGGAGUUUUAAUGUCAUCAAAGCUGCUUUGCCGUUGAUGAAGGAGAGGAAGGACCGUUUGCCCGCUUCCAUCUCUCUUAUUUCUUCCCAAGCUGGUCAGGUGGGAAUUUAUGGUUACACAGCAUACUCUGCCAGUAAAUUUGGACUCCGGGGCUUAGCAGAAGCAUUGCAGCAGGAGGUUAUUGCGGAUAAUAUCCAUGUCUCUGUUGUAUACCCACCUGAUACCGACACUCCUGGUUUUGAGAAAGAAAAUGAAGUUAGACCAGAGCUCACAAAAUUGCUAGCGGGAUCCUCUGGUUCAAUGAAAGCUGAUGAAGUUGCCAAGAAAGCUUUAGAUGGCAUCAAAUCUGGAAGUUUCACAGUCCCUUGCAACUUUGAGGGGCACAUGCUGGCUAUAGCUACUGCUGGUUUAUCCCCUCAAAGAUCUUUCUUAAUGGCAUUCAUUGAGGUGGCUUCUGUCGGUGUCUUACGUCUUGUAGGUUUAUUUUUCCAAUGGAACUGGUAUCAGACCAUAGAAAAUUGGCAUGCAAAGAAAAAUAGGACAUAGCCCUCUGGUGCUCGAGAUGGAUCAUCAUUACUUCUUCCGGCUUCUGUUGUUUACUUCUAGGAUAUCAUGGAUGCGGAUAUUUGGCUAUAACAAAUUUCAUCACUCGAUAUUCAGGAACUAGAGCUUUCCCGAACUUUUUGUCUAUGUUACAUCUUUUUCUUUCCGGCUUUCAAUUUAAACAUCGGUAGGAGACAAAUUCUGAUAAAGCGAAUAGCUAGAGCCAUUAUGCUUUGAAUUGCAUUGGAAAGUUGUAGUUUGUAUCAUUAGAACUUGUCAGCUGAAUCUUAAGAUGUAUUGUGUUUCCAAGUAAUUCGGGUUUUAAUAGAGAAAAUAA